AGAGGCCAUGGAAGACGAACAUGGCGGUGAUGUGAUGGAGGGGCUCACAAGACAGGGAAAGAGAAGCGCUCAGGGCGAUUGCAUCCAUCUCCCACAUUUAGCUGUCGUUGCUCCAAUCAUGGAGACAUGCUUGCGUUGUGGGUUCAGUCUCUCCGCAACAAUCCACUGCGAAAAAGAGUUCUAAAUUUCGUGUUUUUUUGUGUUUUUGCCUCGUCUGGAUGCGUUUUUUCUCAUGCCGGUAGAAGGCUUUGGUGCUGGUAUUUUAAUUCGUUUCGGCUUAUUUGACCGCGUUUGAUCCGUGAUCGCCUCGCUUCAUCCCCUAAAACCAUCAAAACCGCUAUUUUUUUCUCUCUUUUUUUUACUGCAAUUUUGAAGUUGUCCUUGGCGAUCUUGAUUCAGAUGUUGGACUUUUCUGGUUUUUAGAUGCCUCUUUACAGUCUGGCUACCGAUUGUGAAUCACGAUUGGCGCUUUCUUGUCUUCUGGUGAAAAAGAUAUUAAAAAAGGGAGCUUUUCCUGUUCUUGGGAUUCUUCCUUAUUUUGGCUUUGAACUAGCACUCAGGCCCUUGUUGUUUUUGCUUCGGUGUGUGCUUGUUGCUUUUGGCCCCCUUUCUGACAGUGAUGAGGCUGUUCUGAAAGUGAUAACCGAGUACUUCGUGUUCCCUCUUUCUAGUCCUCUACCUUGUAAUUUCUAGUCCUCAACGACCACUCCUCUAGUUCCUUAAAGGGACAAAUUGCAGCAGAAUCAUAUCAAUAGGGGAAAGACAAAGUAGUCUUGUAGUGUUAGAGUUGUUCUAGAUGUGAUACCUGUUCGAAUCCCAUUCUUGGUUUUAUGAUUCCUAACUUUUCCUUCGGAGGCAAAUGCCAAGUUUGGUUCAGUUUCAUGGAUCACACAUUAUGGAGUCUGCAGCAUAAGCACGUCUAGCUGUUCAAUAUCAACAGCAAUUGGAGUUGAUUUUUUGCUGGAAAGAAAUAGUUUUUGGCUGUUUCAUCAACUAUUCAGAGCUUGCUAGCAUGGGAAUCUUAAGCAUAGUUAGGAAUUCCAUUGGUUGCUCGGCCUCUGGAGAGCGAUUGGUUAUGGCUGCAAGAGAAGGGGAUCUUGAGGAAACCAAGGCUCUUCUAGAAUACAAUCCUCAACUUGUUAAGUACUCGACCUUUGGCCUGAGAAUUGCUCCACUGCAUCACUCUGCUUCCCAUGGUCAUCAUGAGGUAGCUUCUGUUCUUGUUGAGUCUGGGGCCAAUAUAAACCUUCGGAAUUCUAGUGGGCAGACACCUUUGAUGCUAGCUUGUCUGCAUGGGCACUGGGAGGUUGUGCAGAUUCUAAUGCUUUUCAAAGCCAAUAUACACAAAAGUGAUUAUCUAAGCGGUGGUACUGCUCUUCACUUUGCUGCUCUACAUGGUCAUACUCGCUGUAUCCGCCUUCUUCUUGUCGAUUAUAUUCCCAGCAUACCUGACUUUUGGAGUGUCAUGAGGGGUAGAUUUGCCAAGAAAGAUUCACUUCCUUCCUUUGACGAGGUUGAUUUGUGUAAGGUAGUUAAUAGACGUGCAGACGGAGGCAUCACUGCACUUCAUUUGGCAGCAUUAAAUGGGCAUCCAGAGAGUGUCCAAUUACUUCUUGACUUAGGAGCUUGUGUUUCAGAGGUCACAGUGAAUGAUGGUGCCACCAUAGAUCUGAUAGCAGGAGUCGGUAGCACACCUCUUCAUUAUGCUGCUUGUGGGGGAAAUGCAGUAUGUUGUCAGGUUCUAAUUGCAAGAGGAGCUAGCUUGACAGCCAAAAAUGAAAAUGGUUGGACCCCUUUGAUGGUAGCUCGUUCGUGGCGCAAGAACUGGCUCGAGAGUAUUUUACGAAAUGAAACAGAAGGUCAAAUAGCUGUUCUUCCAUCAAAAUAUCUCUCUCUGCCACUUAUGAGCAUUGUCAAGAUUGCUCGAGCAUGCGGCUGGAGAAAUGUAAAACAUAGAUUGACUUGUGGCGAUCCUUGUGCCAUUUGCUUGGAAUCAAAAUGCACAGUAGCCGCUGAAGGUUGUCACCAUGAAUUCUGCACCAACUGUGCACUGUAUCUUUCUUCGACCGAUAACACCUCGAAAGUGCAAGGCCCUCCUGGAUCAAUACCAUGUCCUCUCUGCCGACACGCUAUUGUCUCGUUCAUCAAGUUGCCAGAUGCUAAUAUGAUGAAGGCCUUGGUGACAGCCAGUUCAUCGACAUCUCUAUUUACUGAAUGCUCGAUGAUGACCUCAAAGCCUGACACCAAGAACGAUACACGGGUAACCAAACCUGACAUCAAAUACAAGUGAAGCAAGCAACAUUCUGUUUCAAUCACUCAGUUUUCAUAAGUUUCCAUAACUGUGAUCUUAACUCCAUGAACAAUACAAGGCAGCUGCAUUAUGAAUCAAAGCAAUUCUCGGUGAAGACUGACAAUGUUUGCAUUCGACGGACAUGUAGAUAUCUGUAAGAACAUUUUACAUUCUCUGUUUGAAUUUUCUGUUUAUCGUUCCUUCUUUAUUUGAUCGUUAUGUUUUUAUACUGGUUUAAAUGUGAAGAUUUCUAAGUUUA